UCCUCUCGCGCCCUGCGCUCGGCUCCGUUUCCGCCGCGGGAGGGAGGGGGCACGGCUGGCCGCUGACCGCCGACCGCUGGCCGCCGACCGCCGACCGCCGCACGGGCGCCGCCGACAUGUCUGAGCGAGAAAGCGAUUUCCUGGCGGAGAGCGGCGAGGAGCCGGUGGCGGUGGCGGGGCGCGGGCCAGGUGUGGCGCCCUCGAGGAAGCUGCUGGGGGCCGAGGAGGUGGUGGUGGUGGGGGACGACGACGACGACGACACUGACAGUGAUGAAGACGAGCCCAUGAAGGUGGAAGUGGCCGUGGGCGCCGGCGACAGCAGCUCGGAUGAGCUGGGCCUCGGGGGGGCGGCGGCGCUGCACCCGUUCCUGCUGGGCGCCGUGGACCAGGAGAAGUGCCGCAGCAUCCGCAAGCAGUACCGGCGCCUCAUCCACACGGUGCAGGAGAGCCGCGACGACAUCGUGCACACGGCCAGCGACACGCUGUCCGAGGCGCUCGAGGAGGCCAACGUCCUGUUCGACGAGGUGAGCCGCACGCAGGAGGCGGCGCUGGACGCGCAGUUCCUCGUGCUGGCCUCGGACCUGGGCAAGGAGAAGGCGCGCCAGCUCAACGCCGACAUGAGCUUCUUCAACCAGGUGGCCUUCUGCGACUACCUGCUGGUCUCCGUGGGCCUCAGCUGGCUGGAGCGCGGCGACCCCGGCGGCGGCGAGCCCCGGCGGCGCUUCGACGACCGCGUGGCCCGCUCCUUCUGGGCCCUGCUGCAGCGCGAGGCCGCCUCGUGGCUCCGGCACGCCGAGCCCUUCCACUUCGUCUUCGGCACCUUCCAGCCCGAGCGGCCGGCGGCCUCGGCCCUGGCCCGGCCCCGCGCCGCGCUGCACGCCGCCAGGAAGGCCCGCCGCCCGGCGGACGAGGUCCGGGCCAUGCCCACCAAGCUGCGGCGCCUGGACCUGAACGCCCAGCACGAGGCGACGGAGAAGGAGGUGGAGAGGAUCCUGGGGCUGCUGCAGACCUACUUCCGCAAGUACCCCGACACGCCCGUGUCCUACUUCGAGUUCGUCAUCGACCCCAAGUCCUUCUCGCGCACGGUGGAGAACAUCUUCUACGUCUCCUUCAUCAUCCGCGACGGCUUCGCGCGCCUCCGGCUGGACCAGGACCGCCUGCCCAUCCUGGAGCCCAUCAGCUUCAGCCGGCGGGGCGAGGACUGCGAUUUCGGGUACCACGGCCGGAAGCAGGGCGUCAUCUCGCUGAGCUUGCAGGACUGGAAAAAUAUCGUGGCGACCUUUGAGAUUUCCGAGGCCAUGAUCACCAGCGCCUGCUAGGCCCGGGCUUCUAGUUUGUAGCGGGUGCCGGCCGUGGGAGAUCUCGAAAUGAAGAGUCAAGAUUCAAAGCCAGACACUUAGCUUGCAUACCCUCCUGUAAGGUGAAACUAUUUUCUAAGAACGUGAGAAAUGCUUUCAUUUGUACAGUGUGAUUUUUUUUUUUCUUUGAUAAGGUGUCAUUGAGGUCGUAUAUCAAAACAAACCAACUGACGUGUCUGGGAAAGUUUUUGCAGUGUCUUUUUGAGACUGGAGUAAUAAAAAUCCGUUCUGCAUUUCAUAAAUGUAUUUGAUCAUUGGGGGAAAGUCGCUUGUGAUCUGGGAUACUGCUCAGCUUUCUCUGAAGUAGGG